AUGCAGCCCCGCGCUCUCCUCCCCCAUUCCCUGCACCCUUCCGCCUUUUCCCCGCUCACCCAUCCCCUGCUCACCCGCGUUUCCGCCACCCCCCGCCGCGUCUCGCCUCGCGCGCAGCAAUCAGGCGCUUCCGACACUCCGCGCGCCGAUGCGCCCGCGCCUACUGAAGCCACGAUGGCGGACGGCGCGGAGUUUGUGCGCCCGCAUCUGCGCCGGCUGAAGCCCUACACCCCCAUCGUGCCGUUCGAGGUGCGCCCAUCCGCCCUUCCAGGUGCGCCCAUCCGCCCUUCCAGGUGCGCCCAUCCGCUCUUCCAGGUGCGCCCAUCCGCCCUUCCAGUCUCCGCAUCGCUCAUCCUCUCCCUCCCUUCCCUUUCCCCGCCCCUCUCACUGCGCUGCUGCGCCUGGGCGGGCGGGGGAGUGCGCGCGCUUGGAUGGGCGGGGGGGGUGGCGGAGCAGGUGCUGUCGGCGCAGCUGGGGCGCGCGCCAGAGGACAUCGUGAAGCUGGACGCCAACGAGAACCCUUACGGCCCGCCACCUGAGGUGAGGGAGGCGUUGGGAUCACUAUCAUUCCCGCACGUGUAUCCGGACCCGGAGAGUCGCCAGCUGAGGUCGCUGCUGGCGCAGGAGUGUGGCGUGCCCAUGGAGCACCUGCUCGUGGGCUGCGGGGCAGACGAGCUCAUCGACCUCAUCAUGCGGUGUGUGUUGGAGCCGGGGGAGGCGAUAGUGGACUGCCCGCCCACCUUCACCAUGUAUGCCUUUGACGCCCAUGUCAACAACGCACACGUCAUCACGGUGCCGCGGCGCAGUGACUUCUCAAUAGACGUGGCGGGCGUGGUGGCGGCGGUGGAGGCGCAUCGCCCCAAGCUGCUCUUCCUCACCUCGCCCAACAACCCCGACGGCAGGUGCGAGCCCAACAACCCCGACGGCAGCAUGUUGAGCGAGGAGGACCUGCAGCAGCUGCUGCGGCUGCCCGUGUUGGUGGUGUUGGACGAGGCGUACAUCGAGUUCAGCGAUCGCCCCUCCGCCAUGCCGCUCGUGCAGCGCCACGCCAACCUCAUUGUGCUGCGCACCUUCAGCAAGCGCGCUGGGUUGGCGGGGCUGAGGGUGGGGUACGGGGCGUUCCCCUUGCCGCUGGUGGAGUACCUGUGGCGCGCCAAGCAGCCCUACAACGUGUCCGUCGCUGCCGAGGUCGCCGCCUGUGCUGCACUCUCCAACCAGCCCUACCUGCAGGAGGUGAGGGAUGCGCUGGUGAGGGAGAGGGCGCGUCUCAUGGGCCACCUCACAGCGCUGCCGUUCCUCAAGCCCUUCCCCAGCCACGCCAACUUCAUUCUCUGCGCCCUGCACAACACCCACUGGACUGCCAAGCAGCUCAAG